AUGAAGAUCUCAAAUGUACUGUGUUCGAGAACUGCAGUUGUAAAUCGAUUCACCCAACGAAGCCACAACUGUGGCCAACUACGAAUACAAAAUGAAGGUAAGAAUAAGAUAUUCGAACGUAAAUAAUACCUCCAGGAAACAGAGUGCUGCUGAAGGGAUGGGUGUCUUAUAAGAGGUACAAUAAAUUCUUUGUUCUCAAGGAUUCUUAUGGAACGGUCCAAAUUCUUACGCCAGAGAAGAUGUCCGGCUUCAUGAAAGACGUUCCCCAUGAAUCUGUGGUUGCUGUGGAGGGCGUUGUAAUUAACAGAGGAGAAAAUAGUAACAAAAGUAUGGCAACUGGAGACAUUGAGGUGCUGGCUGAAGACAUUCAAGUUCUCAAUCUCGCCCCGGUCAAUCUGCCCAUUCAUUCCAAAGUAGAUGCGCAGGAACAAACUAAACUAGCAAACAGAUUCCUUGAUUUGAGAUCAGAAAGAAUGCAAAAGAAUCUUCGGUAGGAAAUCCCGCAAUUGAAUAUACUUUGUUAGAUUACGAUCUCAAUUAAUACAUGAAUUUCGGAAGAUAUUGGUCGAAAACUGUGGAUUCGUCGAUGUUGAGACUCCAAUCUUGAGCCAGUGGACACCUGGAGGUGCUCACGAGUUUAUUGUGCCCUCCGGCAAGAUCAGAGGUCACUUCUAUUCGCUCCCUCAAAGUCCUCAAAUUUUCAAACAACUUCUUAUGGUUGGUGGUGUUGACAGAUACUUUCAAAUCGCUAAAUGUUUCCGCGAUGAGGGAUCAAUGCAAGAUCGACAGCCGGAAUUCACCCAGUUGGACUUAGAGAUGUCAUUUGCUGGACAGGAAGACGUUAUUGGCCUAGUCGAGGAACUCAUCCGAUCAUCAUGGCCCGACGUUCUAACAGAUUACGUUCCGCAGACCCCUUUUAAAAGAAUGACUUAUGAACAAGUGAUGAGAGAAUAUGGAACCGACAAGCCUGACCUCAGAGUACCAUGGAAAAUAUUUGAUUGCACUCAGGCUAUGAGCUCAAGUCCGCUGAAGACGUUUGAAGAUUGGAAAUGUCAAGCAUUUAUAGCCAAAGGGGCCGUUAAUUAUGAAGAUAAAUUCAGAAAAAGAGAAUGGAAGAGACUCAUCCAGAUGAAACAUGAUAACGCCAAGUGGAGAGCGGUGAAUCUGCACAAAGAGAAUCCAUUUAAAAACUUUGAUGCAGAGUCCUUUAUACAAAUUAAUGGAGUUCGAGAAAAUGACAUAGUCGUAUUCAGGUAAGUUACUUUGGUUUGUAUGUGGUUAUUUCAACGAUUAGGCUACAAAAUUCAAAAAUUUCAGUUGGGGAAAAUUAGAAACAUGUCAGGAAACAUUGGGAACGUUGAGAAACUUUGUUGGAGAAGUCGGCGGGAUGAGAUCAAAAGGGUUUGAAUGGCUGUGGGUAGUUGAUUUCCCAUUGUUUUGCAUCGAAGAUGACCAACUCCAAAGUUCCCAUCAUCCUUUUACGGCGCCAAUUUCUGAAGAUUUGGACAAAUUAAAGGAUAAACACGAUUUAACGAAAAUCCGAGCUCAACAUUAUGAUCUAGUUCUGAAUGGAUCUGAACUGGGAGGAGGUUCUGUUCGAGUCCACAAUUGCCUCCUUCAGAGACACAUAAUCGAAAUUCUCCAACUACCGAUUGAACCUUUGGUAUUUCCCAACGUUAUGAUCUUAUAUAUUACAUUUCAGGAAGGAUUUCUGCAAGCUCUAUCUAUGGGGGCCCCUCCUCAUGCUGGAUUCGCCUUAGGAAUUGACCGUUAUAUUGCUUUACUGGCAGCUGAGGGUGAUUCGACGGCGUCAAUUCGAGAUGUGAUCGCGUUUCCAAAAACAAAAGAAGGACGCUGUCUGACAACAGGAGCCCCAAGUAUACCUCCCGAAUAUGUACUAGACAGAUAUUCAAUCAAGGUCUCUGAGGAUGCCAAGGAAGAAAAAGGAUAUUAG